AUGGCAGCAGCAGCGACAUUGGCCAAUAGGCUGACAGACGCACCGCAUACGUUCUUACAACCAACGCUACCGCUAUACACAGACACCGCUGCCUACCUGAAGCACAUUCUCGAUCCGAUCGCAGCGGAUGUCAGUACGGUUCAGCAGCAGCGUCUGCAGGAAGUGCGUAAGAAGCGGAAGCGAGGCGAGGCACUAGUAGAUGAGACGGAUGUCUUGCGCUUGAAGCAGAUUCACGUCGACGGCUUUGGACCUGAGCAAGUGUGGGAGCAGGCGCGGAGAGUCAUUGAUGCGGCACGACAUGAGGCCGAGCUGGGUCUCGUUGUGGCGCAGGACAGGCAGGCACGGAAUAGGGCGAACGGUAAAUUCGGCGAUGAGGCAGAUCUGGAAGGAUCAGAUGUGGACGACGAGGAUCUAGGUGAAGAAGGUGUGGACUAUGAAGUUGAGGGUGUGGACGAUGGAGAAGAGAUAUAUGAGAGCGACUCUGACGAAAUGGACGAUGCUCUUGACCAGGCCGAGGCAGGCGCUGAAGACGACUAUGCAGGCGAGGAUUUGGAAAUGGAUGGUAUGGACGACUUUGACGAAGACGAAGAGGCUGAUCGCGACGACCCGGCCGAGGAACUCGUGACUGACAAGUUCGGCUUGAACGAUGGCUUCUUCUCUAUUGACGACUUCAACAAGCAAUCAGACUUUCUGGAACAGCAGGAUAUCCGUGGCGACGAUAAUGGCGCUGCCAGCGAUGAGGAGGACGUUGAUUGGGAUGCAGAUCCGUCUGCGCUUGCUGCGGCUGGCGCAGGCAGGUCUGGUGCAGUUGACACUACCAUGGAUGAUGCAGAUGACGAUGACGAAGAGGAUGGUCCAACACUUGGUGAUCCAGAUGCACCGAGCGAAGACGAAGACGAUGACGAGGGUCUCGAUGCAGGCGAAAUGGAUGCGAUGGGUGGUAUGGGCAAUACCAACGAUGUGAUGUACAAAGACUUCUUCGCACCUCCUGCCCAGAAGAAGCGGAAGAACAAAAAAGGACGACCCAAUCCACAUAAUUUCCCGGCUAGAACGACCACCGGCAAUGGACCUGAGGCAGAAGGCGAUGACGAUGUUGAGCGCACGGUAGCAGCUGUCCAUCGCGACCUCUUUGAAGACGAGUCCGAGCCAGAUGAUGAAGAGCCACAGGAGAAGCUCGAUGCGGGCAACCCACGAUCGAGAAGAUCAGCCCACGAACGCCGCAAAGCCGCCUUAGCAGAAGAGAUCCGCAAGCUCGAGGCUGCCAAUGUAGCCAAGCGAGAGUGGACGUUGUCCGGAGAAGCACGCGGUGCGGAUCGACCUGUCAAUAGCCUGCUUGAAGAAGACCUCGACUUCGAACGAGCCGGCAAACCCGUGCCCGUGAUCACCGCGGAAGUAAGUGAAAGUAUAGAGGAACUUAUCAAGCGGCGAAUCCUCGCCUAUGACUUCCAAGACAUUAUUCGUCGCCGACCUGAUGACCUGGCUACUGGCAAAGAUGCUCGACGGGGCAAGCUAAACUAUGACCUCGACGACAGCAAAAGCAAGAAAGGUCUUGCAGAGGAAUACGAAGAAGAGCAUCUUCGCCGCACGGAUCCGAAUUUCGUCGAUGUCAAAGACGAGAAGAUGCGGAGGGAAGAAAAGGAGAUCGAGGCGCUGUGGAACCAAGUUCGCAGGGAUCUCGACACCCUUAGUUCCUGGCACUUCCGUCCCAAGGCGCCGGCGCCACAGUUGGACAUCCGUGUUGACGCGCCUACAAUAAGUCUAGAAGAUGCUCGGCCCAGCGCCGGCUCCGAAGUGGCGGGGGCGAGCCAGCUUGCACCACAAGAGGUUUACCGUGCCGGCGAAGCUGUCAGCGGCAAGGAAGAAGUCGCUGGGAAGAGCGGCCUACCCGCUGCUAGGGAGGAGAUGUCACGGGAGGAGAAGUUGAGGCGCAGACGGAGGGAGAAGGAGAGGAUCAGGAAGAAAGGGCCUGAUGCUGGGGAAGUGCCGAAGAGUAAAAAGGCGAGGGAGAAGGUGGAGGUGGUCGGGAGUUUGAAGAAGGGUGGGGUGAGGGUUAUUGGGAAAAACGGGCGGGUGGAGGACUUGGAGGGGAAGGAGGCGAGGAGUGGGAGUGGGGAGACGGGUGGGGCAGGGAGAUAUAAGUUGUGA